CUGAGAGGUGCCAUAAUCGAGAUCAGAUCUAGCUUAGCUUGUUUAAGUUUCUCCCUGCAGUCGUCUUCUUUACCAGUAUUGAGAGAUCUAGCUAUCUAGUUCAAGUUUCUCUCAUUCCGUCUUAAUUCUUCCAUUGAUUAUCGAUCUGUAGGCAGCGACUAUGGCUGAACUGAUUCUCGGGCCCGUUGUGGAGUCCAUCACCGGACAUCUCCUUUCCCUCGUCUCCCAGGAGAUCGGACUAGCGCGUGGUGUCAAAGUUGAGCUCCAGAAACUCCAGAGUACUGUCUCUGCUAUUGCUGCCCUGCUUUGUGAGGCUGAGAAGAGACAAGUCCAGGCUGCAGACGUGAAGGACUGGCUCAAGAAGCUGGAAGAUGUGGUUUACGAUGCUGAUGAUCUGCUGGAUGACUUCUCCGCUGAAGUGUUGCGUCGCAGUAGCGUGGUGGGAGGAGGUAAUCGGAUCCUGAAUGAGGUCGGUAUCUUCUUCUCCUGUUCUAACCAGCUCGUUUAUGCCAAUAAGAUGGCUCAUCGAGUCGAGCAUAUUAGGGAGAGGAUCGACGCCAUUUACAAAGAUAGGGUCCAGUUUCAGCAUGAGGGAAACAGUAACCUUGGGAGUUUGGUGGAGAACCGGGUCACGCCAGAAACUUAUCCCUAUGAGCCACAACCUUAUGUGAUUGGAAGAGAUAAGGACAAGAUGAAAGCUAUCGAGUUCUUACUUAAUCCUGGUUUUGAGGAGAAUGUUUCCAUCCUCCCAAUAGUGGGUUUUGGUGGCCUAGGGAAAACGACACUGGCAAGACUCGUAUUCAAUAAUGAGAGAGUGAAGGAAUACUUCGAAUUGAAGCUCUGGGUUUGUGUGUCGACCAAUUUCGACGUGGAGGAUAUUCUGAGGAAGAUAGUAAGAGAAUGCAUUGGUAGCCUCAACAUGAAUGAAUUGAGAAACUUGCUUGGAGAAGAGCUCGAUGGAAAGGAUGAUAUGAUGAAAAUGUCACGGGAUCACAUUCUGGAAAAGGUACUUGCAAAGCUCGCCAACGUGGAUGAGUUGCAAAGAAAGCUAAGGGAAGUGCUCGAUGGAAAAAAGUUUUUACUUGUGUUAGAUGAUGUGUGGAAUGAGGAUCGGUGCAAGUGGUUGAAACGAUUACCAAGAGGCAUUACAAAGUUGGUCAAUCUAAGGCAGCUUAUUCUGAGUGGAUGUCGUAAUCUGAUACAUAUGCCAAGAGGAAUUGAGAAGUUGACUAGUCUACAAACGUUAGAUAUGUUCGUGGUUGGGGGGGGGGGGGUGUGAAUGAGUUAAGUAGACUAACCGGAUUGAAGAGUAAAGAACUGACUAUUCAAGGCUUGGAUAGAGUGGGGAGUAUCUCGAGCGAGGUAUUAGAUGCCUCGUUCUCAAUAGAGAACUUGGCUUUUCAAUCUUUGAAACUAGUGUGGGGUUAUUUGCCACUAGUGUCAGAAGAAGAGGUUUUGGAGAGACUGCGACCCCAUCCAGAUCUGAGGGGAUUGAGUAUAAUAUUUUACGGUGGUGUUAUGUUUUCAUCGUGGGUUUCUCAACUGCAUAGACUAGUCCAGAUUGAGAUUAUCGAUUGUGAUAAAUGCAGCCAUCUACCACCUCUAGAUCAGCUCCCUUUCCUCAAAAAAGUCUCCUUGCAGAAGAUGAUAAAUUUGGAGAGCAUCGAAUUAUGGGAGAGUAGUGGCGGCCAGGAGGACAAGGAGAGUGGGAUGCCGCAGUCUAAUAAUAAUUUCUUUCCAUCCUUAGAAGAAAUAGAGCUGAGGUGGUUGCCUAAAUUCAGGGGAUGGGAGAGGAGGACGAGCACCCGAAUUGAACGAGAGGCGGAUGAUCAUUCUUCUUCUUCUUCGUUAUUAAUGCUCCACACGUUCUCUGACAAGGUCAAGGUCUCCAUAGAAUAUUGCCCAGUAUUCUCUUACGCGCAUGGUCAAAAGCUACGACAACUGGGGGUAACCACGAAUAAACAGGUACAGAUGUUGCUGAGGGAUGCAUCUCUAAGCCAAGAUCCAACCCCCGUCCUUACUGUAGCGCCAAUUCCACCAUCGAUGAUGACUAUGACCGCUGUGUCUUCUAAAUCUCUCUCCACGCUGACGCAAAUCAUUUUCAGUGGAAUGGAGGAUGCAGAGGACUUCCCUGUGGAGUUGUUUCGGUCCCUCCCGUCUCUCCAGUCUCUUGUAAUCAGCGAAUGCAAUCGCCUGAAAGCUCUCCCUGUAAGGGCAAUCCUCCAAUACCUACCAUCCCUUGAGAUGCUGGAAAUUUCUUCGUGCGAAGAGCUUGAUUUAUCAAUGGAUGAAGAUAGUCAUGAUGGUGUUGAAGAGGGCAUGAACAAUCUGCAGCUGCAGGGCCAUCUUCGACUUCGCGAUAUCAAGAUCAAAAGAAUUCAUAAGAUGGAGGCCUUGCCUGGGUGGUUCCAGUACCUCUCCAACCUCGAAAAUUUAGAGAUUAUUCUUUGCCGUGGAUUGAAGUCUCUGCCAGGAAGACUGAUUCUUCCGCUUCUCACCAAACUCGUGUCGUUGGAGCUAUACAGCUGUCCGCAGCUUGACUUCUCAGGGGAGUCAGGAAAUCAACUAGGCAUGCCUAAUUUGCAAUCCGGCGAACCCACUAAACUUCGGGAUUUGGAAUUUCACUGGAUUGAUAAAAUGAAGACUCUCCCCUGGUGGAUGCAGCACCUCACUAACCUUGAAGAGUUAAUUAUCGGUGGCUGCGGCAAUCUGAAGGCUUUGCCUGAGUGGUUUCCCAAUCUCACCUCACUCAAAGUACUUAGAGUUUAUGGUUGCGGGAAGGAGCUGCCAAGAAGGUGCAGAAGGAAUACUGGAGAGGAUUGGCCUAAGAUUUCUCACAUCCAGUAUGUAGAUGUAGACAAUUAGUCUGGUUCAUUCAAACUCCUGGCCAUCUUAUCAAAGACGGAUAAGCUUUGUCACUUGUUAGUUUGCUGGAUGGAGAGCUCUCUUGGGGACAGAAUAGUGUAACCUCCUGAACUAUGUUAUUUCCAUUUUUUUCGUGCUGUAUUUCGCUCGCACUCAUUGAACCUUGUCAAUGAAGCCAGUUUUGAAGGCACCAGAGCAGACAACCCAUUAGUCCUCUCCCCGCCGUGCCAUCAUCUGACAACAUUACUACAUCAAUUCUCAUGUUAUUCUAUGAUGUAGUCAUCAUUAAUGGGGUAUUGUUCUUGCACGCAAACAUAUGAAUGGAACCUUUGAGAUCCUCCUGGUUUUCGAACUCUGAUCUUUUGUCAAAGUGCACCUGAAGCAACCCGGCUAGCUGAAGAAACUAGCUCCCGGGGUCAUCCCAGCAAUGUCAGUUCUGCAGUUCUGCUGUAGGAUAGGAUAUGGUAUCUGAAGAUAAUAUUUCUCCUUUUCUUCUCUUUUAACCUUCACAGAAGCAAAGAUAGGAUCCAAUUCUGCUUCAGUCUCUUUGCUGUUCAGAUGUGAGCUCUAUCAUUCUUCCUCUUGGAAGGAGACAACCUUUCCAAGUUUUCAGCAGCAGAACUGUGAAUCCAUAUUCAGAGGCAUCGAAAUUAUUCAUGAAGCAAGUGUACGAGCCUUUCAUGAAUAUUUCCUUCCGGGGGCGUCCAUUUCACUUUUGCUGAAGUGAGCAAUUAUCAGGAGGUUAGGAGCUGUUUAAUCAUUCAUGCACUGCUGCUUCAGACGGUCUUCAACAUGUCCAAGAAUCUACGGAAACUCCACAGACUCACCCAACUUAUAAGAAUCUGAUCAAAGCAGAUAGUGGACUUCCUAUGUCUUCUGAACUUCAGCAUAUGUACAGUGCUGGAUAAAUUUUAUCCUAAUCAGUAUUUCCAGUUGAAGGCACGAGCUGAGAUAUUUCAGUUUGCCUUGGGGAGACAUUUGGAAGGCAUUGCUGAAGAAGCUUUAUCAUAAUGAAGGCAGAGUGCUCUGGAGCUUUACGCCUUUGUUUGUAUGGAGGGAACAGAUGAGGUGCAGAAGGAAUACCAAGGUGGAGCGCCCUAAGAUUUCUCACAUCCAAGAUGUGUAUAUAAGCCGAAGCAGGUCCUCUCUCACUGCCUCCAAAGGAAAUUAUUUAUAUGAUUGGAUGCUGAAGUAAAGAAAUGACUGACACUGCAUGGAGCCUCCAUUACAGGAUGGUUCGUAGAGGCUUAACCUUUUCUUUGGGUUCUCUUUGAUUUUUCAUCAAAGGUCCACCUAAAGCAACCCGACUAGCCACAAACUAGCUGCCAGUCUCAUCCCAUCUCUGUCAGUCCUAGAGGCUGCAAAAUGAAGAAUGCCCCUUUCAUUCCCAACUUCUCUCAACGAUCUUCACAUGUGCUUGCCAGUAAACUGCAUGUCCUCAUUAAGGAUUGCCCGCUCCUCCUCCCAUCCCUUCUCUGUAAACCAUUUUUGUCACUGUUAUGUAUUACGGUGGAACUUCUAUAUCUUGAUGAAAGGACUGAGUUGGUACUUAUAUAAGGAUAAACAUAGUGGUUUGCCCUCAUGCGACUCUACUUCGAUAUCUUUGCCUCAUUUUUCAUUCUUUAUCAGAUAUUAACAACUGUUUAUCCAUGCAAGUAACGUAUUCUUCACAAGCAAUGACCUCAUCUUUAUACUAUACAUUUUUAUUGUGGAAACGGGGUCAAUACAAGAGGAGUACUAAUGUGAUGGAUGAAUGCGUCCACAACAUGGUUCUGGAGAUAGUCCAUGCACUUGUAAGUUGAUUAUUAGGUCCCCUAAAUUAAUACGUAGCUGAGUAUGUAAGGGAAUGUUCCACCUCCUUUUCUGUAACUAGCAAGGGUGUAGAUGACGACACUGCGAUAACGUUUAUAACUUACUUCGUUCUAACAGAUUGGAAUGUUCAGAUCUAAUACCUCAACUUACUCUGUUUUAACAGAGCAAGGUCCUUAAUUUCUGAUAUGCGGGACAUUUCAGAUCAAGGUGGCUUGGCGGGCUCAGUGUGGGUCUCACUCAUGUGUUUUCUCUUGAACCUUUUCUCAGUGGCUUUACGUGAUUAAUCCCUCAACGUGCAUGUUCCUGUUCCGUUUUGGAUGUUUUGGAAUAUUUAGGAUCUUCCCUCUUUUGGGUGAACUUAUACUCACAACGCUGUUAAGAUGUAGCACUAGCAGCUCUAUCAAAUCCUUCCUUUCGGAAGGAGACAAGGGUUCGGAGCUGUCCGCAGCAGAACUGUGACUUCAAAUUGAGAGGCUUCAAAGUUAUCUCAUGGAAUGGAUGCUGAACUAUUAGAUGUGACAAACACUGCCUUGAGCCAAUGAGACCCAGCACAGGAUCAUCCAGACAGGCGCUUGGAUGUUAUCAUUCCAAUCACAGUUCAUGACCCGUGAUAUAGAUAGUGUACUUCCUAUAUAUCCGAGCUUCAGCAUAUAUAUAGUGUGCUGGAUAAAAUUUACCUUAAUCAGCAUUUCCAGGUACGACUUGUCUAUUAUUGCCAUCUAUAAUUCUUAGGAUUUGAAUUAUCCUCCUUCGAUGGUGAUCAUAUGUUCAGCAUGCUGAAAAUAAUUUCAUAUACAUACAUACAUACAUACAUAUAUAUAUAUAUAUAUAUAUAUUUUUUACCUUCAUGUUCCGAUAGACGAAACAGCUGUGUAUUGUGUCUGGCGCCUCUCCGCUUUCACUUAUUCAAUGAAACAAGCAGACAAGCCAUUCUGUCUGCUCAAUUUCACGUUUGCAAAGCUAGCGACUCGCAAUAGAUGGGAUCCAAUCAUGCAAUAGUCUCAAUGCCAUUCACACUUGCUGCUAGCUGUCAUUGCUGCACCAUUAUCAGUUGACAACUUGCCAGAUGAAAGUCCUCACAUCAGCAGAUCAUUCAUGCAUUACUGCUACACAAGAAGGUCAGAGUCGAGGGACUUGACAAACAACCAUCUCCAGCUAGCCCGAGAUACUAACGAGGCAGUCAUUGGAUGGAUGCAGCAUGCAACAAACACUGCAUGAAGCCUCCGACACUGGAUGAUUCACAAAGGCUUGAAUGUCAGCAUGGGGCAGAUUAAUAUGGGAUCGGUGGCAGGGUCCUUAAUCAGUCCCCUAUUCUGGGAUGUUUUAGAGAAGUGGCUUGGCGGGCUAGGAAGGGGGUUCGGUAAAGACUUUCCUCCUUGAACAUUUCAUGUUGGUUCGAACAUCUUUCAUUCUGACUUUUAAGCUCUCUUCGCCUGCCACAACCAUGAGAACCAGUUAAGAAUUGCGCACUCCUCCUCUCUUCCCCCCUCUCUAAACCAUUGUGUCUUCAUUUUAACCUGUCAAUAUCCACCCCAACAGAAGGAUCAUGUUCCGCAAAUUUAAAGCAGGGCGGUUAGUUCCUGUAAGCUGUCGAGACAUUAAUUCCAAUCUUGCAAAUUCAUAUCCCCGUAGAGUUUCUGAAAAAGCGGGAGAGGUGCAUUGCUGUUUUGUUGUAUCAACUUCCGAACUUCAGCAUAUAUGAAGAGGGUUUCAAUAAUAGCAUUUCCAGUUCUGAAGACACCAGCUGAGCUAUGUGAAGUUUCAUCUUUGCCUAUGGGGAGUACAAUUUACGACUUCAAUAUCCUGAAAAUUCUACUGGCUUACUCAACUCGUCAGAGUCUCAUUGGAACAACCAUUUCAAAAAUUAUUAGCAACUCCCAACAGACAGAAUCCAACCCCAUGAAAUAUUCUCGAUGCCAUUCAGAUACGCUGCUAGCAGUCCGUGCUCUGAAGGUAUAAAACCGUUCCAAGUUGUCUGCACCGGAAUCAGUUUACAGCUUGCCAGAUGAGUAACAGCGGUUUCCACUUAGUCCGAGAUAGCGUAUCGAGGAAAAUUUAUUGGAGGGUUGAUUUCCUAUAUAGUAUAGCAACGGACACUGCAUGAAGCCUCAUACAGCGGCAUGAUUAAUCCACAAGGACCUGGAUGUAAGCACGGGGAAGAUUAAUAUGGGAUCGGUAGCAAGUCCUUCAAAGUUAAUCCUGUAUUCCGGAUGUUUAGAGAGCAGUGACAUGGCGGGCUAGGAGAGGGUCUGUUACGGACCUUCCUCAUACUUUUCUUGUCGGUGUGAACCCCUUUCAUUCCCGACUCGUUUAAGCUCUCUUCAUCUGCCACGAAUGUGUGAACCCUUAAGAAUUGCUCACCCCUCUGCUCUUCCCGCUCUCUCUUAAAACAUUUCAUCAUCUCAUGUGACCUGUCAGUAUCCAUCCCAGAGCACCGUAUUCCGCCUCACCUUAUUCCAAAUGUUUGUACUUGGCAUUCUUAUUGUAGCUUAAUCGUUGAAAAUCCCAUAUAACUUUCCCUUCCAUCUCCUCCCUUUUUAUCGGUUCAAACAGAGGCUUUAUCUCAUGGUUUGCAAAUUUUGGUCCUUCA